CCGUAGAGCGGAGCCCGCCUCGCGCGCGACCCCGGCCGAGGUGAGCACAGCGCCGAGCACAGCGCCGCCGCCUCGGCCCAGCCGGCCCAGCCGAGCCGACAGACAGUUCGUCAAGAGACUUGGUUGCGGACGGGACCAGACCGUGCAGCCUCAGACCACAAACACAAAGAUGCAGCGCGCCGUGUGGAGCGUGGCGCUGGCGGCGGCGCUGGCGCUCGCCCUGGCCGAGGCCCUCCCCGCCAAGAGCACGGCGGCCUCGCCGUCCAGGGCGUCCUCGCCCGCGCGCCCCGGCUCCCCCGGAGCCGCCUUCGGCAACGCGGGCAAGAAGGCCGGGCUCGAGAUCUGGAGGGUGGAGAACUUCGCGCCCGUCGCAUACCCCAAGAAUGACUACGGCAAGUUCUACUCCGGCGACUCCUACAUCGUCCUCAACACCCGCGAGAACCGAGGCACCUUCAGCUGGGACAUCUUCUUCUGGCUCGGCAAGGACACUUCUCAGGACGAGUCCGGCGCUGCCGCCAUCCUCUCCGUGGAGCUCGACGACGCCUUGGGCGGCUCUCCGGUGCAACACCGCGAGAUCCAGGACCACGAGAGCAAGCAGUUCCUCGACCUCUUCAGUGGCGGCGUGCGCUACCUGCCGGGCGGAGUCAGCAGCGGCUUCCACCACGUCACCAUCAACGCCGACUCGGACAAGAAGCUGUACCAAGUCAAGGGCAAGCGCAACGUGCGCGUGAGGCAGGUGUACGCCGACGUGUCCUCCAUGAACCACGGCGACUGCUUCAUCCUGGACACGGGCAAGGGCGACAUCCUCGUCUUUGUCGGCCGCGGCGCCAAGCGCGUCGAGAAGAUCAAGGCGACCCAGGCCGCCAACAUGAUCCGCGACCAGGACCACCACGGCCGCUCCAAGGUGUCCAUCAUCGACGAGUUCAGCCCCGUGAUCGACGUGGAGAACUUCUUCAAGAUCCUGGGCUCCGGCGCCCCCAACAAGAUCCCAGACGAUUCUGCCGGAGGCGACGACGCUGACUUCGAAAAGCAGAUCGACAACACCGUCGUCUUGUACAAAGUGAGCGACGCCACCGGCAGCCUCAAGGUGGACAAGUUGGCGCAGAAGCCCCUGAGUCAGAGUGAACUCAACACCAACGACGCUUUCAUCCUUGAUGCGGGAGCGUCCGGCAUCUACGUGUGGGUGGGCCGCAAGUCCACCAAGGACGAGAAGUUGGAGUCCAUGAAGAAGGGAGAGAAGUACUUGGCGGAUAACAAGUACCCCAGCUGGACGAAGAUUCAGCGAGUUGUCGAGGCGGCCGAACCCGCUGGCUUCAAGCAGUACUUCGGCGACUGGAGAGGCUGAGUGCUACGAACUGAAGGGCACAAACCAAUGUGAUCUAAUUUUAAACAUAUUUAAUACAGUCUUUAAAACUACAGAAACGAAUCCAACUUGCUCAGUAUGAAGUCAGCCUCAAAGAGUGAGGUCCAAUAACUUUGACGAUUAUUUCCCCGAAUAAACCUAACAAAUAAACAUUUUCCAUAACAAAAAGA